AUGAGUCUAACCGGUGAGCCAGCGCAACAUUUGAAGAACAUUCCCAUCACUAGUGAAAAUCUUAAACGCUCGUGGGAAAUUCUCGUGACUUGCUACGAUAAUAAACGAGUUCAGAUCGACGCGCAAUUAUCCGCCUUAAUCGUGAUUCGCAAAUUGAAAAUGGCAGGUGCAACAGAAAUCAAGAAACUUCUUGGCGAUGUAAAAGAGUCGCUCGACGACCUCGAAACUCGCGAAUGUCCAGUGAAAUCCUGGGACCACAUUAUCGUCUUCAUGAUCAUACGUAAACUCGACGUCAAAUCAUUGAAGGAAUGGGAGACAACUCUCGGUGUAAAAUCUACAUCCUUCGGUGAGCUAGAACAGUUUCUGGUUGGACGCGUGCAAAUCCUAGAAUCAAUCGAACGAGUCAUGAUGCCAUCUAAGCAACCAGCUUCGAAUUCUACGUCGGUACGUUCGCAGUCAAAUGCACGAGCAUAUGCCGCUACCGCUGCCGUACAACAGUGUGCAGUGUGUUUCUCGGGACAUUAUAUCGCGUCGUGCCCGAAAUACCUCGAGAAGACUGUGAAUCAACGACGCGAGGUUGUCGUUGCAAAAAAUCUGUGUUUCAAUUGUCUCGGACCUCAUCACCUCAAGGCAUGUCGCACUUUGAAACGCUGUCGGUUCUGUCGCAAGCAACAUCACUCAACGUUGCAUGUAGCUACGGUCGAAUCCGACGCCUCGACGUCGUCCAAUACGCCGGCAGUCUCCGUCCCGUCGGCUAGCGGCUAG